AUCAAAUAAGAGCUGACACGUAGUGUGAACAUGGAGCAACUUAGCGCACAAGUCUUGUAAUUCUUGAUCAACAGUGGUCACUCUUCUCUAUAUAAACCCAAUACUCUCUGCUUCUCUGCAAAAAUUACAAAGCCACACACACAGAUAUAUACAUACACACAAACACAUACAUUCUUACUUAUAGUCUGAAGAAGAUGAGCUCCGGAGAACUGAAGCCGUUCAAGAAGAAAGAAGGGAGUGUGAUCCCAAAGGAGAGAGAGUUGGUGAAGACUAAAGCCGCCAAAGCCAUUUUCUCUUUGUUCCGUCCAUCCUGCGACGGUAAACAGAGUUCUCAGCCAUCCCGUGACGGUGACGGUGACCAUGACGGCAAGCGCGUGUAUCCCACUCGCUACUGAUCGGUCUUUUUCGUGGUGUUUAAAGAUAUUUUAGCCGUCAAGAUCUUAAAUGGGUUCUUCUCCUCCUCUGUUUUUCUGUUGUUUAUAAACUUAAUUAGGCUAAAGAUUUUCUGUUUUUUCCUUGUUUGUUGGUUUCUCUUUGCUUUUUUCUUUUUACAGUCUACGAGAAAGGGAGAUGAUGAAUGAUGGGCUUAAUAUCUUUAAUACUCUUGCUAUGUAAAACCAAGUAGUACUAUAUUUGACCAUGAUGCGUUGUGAUUAAUUAUGGUACAUACUGUUUUUAUCAUUUUAAGAAAAAAAAAAGCAUACUCUGUUUUCAUGGUGAUUAUCAUCAUGUGAUUGUAGUUUUGAAUAUAAAAUAUGCAAACGUGCUGUCUCGAAAUUCAGAGUUUAUGUGAUAAUGAUUGAUUUAAGAAAGAAAAGAAAAGAAAAGUGACGAAAAGGCAGUGGAUAUAUUUCACAUUAAAACCAAAAAAAGAAAAAGAAAAUAGUGGAUAUACAAACACAAUUAAAU